AUGAGCAUGGCCAUCAUCGAGGCGGGAGCCGAUGGUGAAAUUACGUUUACCGGAACAAGCUCUCAGAUAUAUGGCCGACGGGAGAUUGCGGCCAACAAGCACCCUGAAGAUGAAUGGUGGUUUGGUAGUGCACUGUCCAUCUUAUCGUGGAUCAUUAUAUUCGCCACACUACCCUGGUCACUAUGUCUGUGCCUUAAGGUGGUUCAAGAGUACGAACGAGCUGUCAUCUUCCGGCUGGGAAGGUUGCUUCCACUUGGUGCCAAAGGUCUCUUCUUCAUCGUUCCCUGCACUGAUUCCUACACCAAAGUUGACUUAAGAACUAUUUCCUUCGAUGUUCCACCGCAAGAGAUCCUCUCGAAAGAUUCGGUGACGGUGGCUGUGGACGCUGUGGUAUACUACAGAGUUUCCAACGCCACGAUCUCCGUCACGAACGUUGAAGACGCUCACAGGUCCACCAGGUUUCUCGCCCAGACGACACUUCGAAACGUCCUCGGCACGAAAAAUCUCAGCGAAAUAUUAUCGGAUCGUGAGAACAUUAGCCACUUCAUGCAGACCUGUCUAGACGAAGCCACAGAUCCGUGGGGAGUGAAAGUGGAGAGGGUGGAAAUGAAAGACGUCAGACUUCCAGUUCAACUGCAACGAGCCAUGGCUGCUGAGGCUGAAGCUUCGAGAGAAGCGAAAGCCAAGGUGAUAGCUGCUGAGGGUGAGCAACAAGCAGCAGCAGCUUUGAAGCAAGCUGCUGACAUCAUCAACCAAUCAUCUCUCGCGCUGCAACUGAGGUACCUUCAAACGCUGAGCCAGAUAUCAGCUGAAAAAAGUUCAACCAUCAUUUUUCCCAUUCCAGUCAACUGCUUCUCUCCGUUUUUGAAAAAAUAA